UCUCUCUGGGCAGCGCUCUCGGGCAGCCGAUAAUCUAAUGUAUGACCGCGGAGUGUGAAAAAGCGGAGUCCUAACGGGGAUUUUUCUUUUUAAUUUUUUUCCCUGGAUUUGAAACAACAUGGCGGACGUAGUGGAGGGAGAGGACGUGCGCGUGCCCUCCGCGCUGCGCUCUUCACGGCACGGCUCCGGCGGGAACGUUACUGCGGGCCCGCGGCUCGUCCGCAUUAUCAAGUCAGACUCGGGCUACGGCUUCAACGUCCGCGGGCAAGUGAGUGAAGGUGGCCAGCUGCGGAGCAUCAAUGGCGAACUGUACGCGCCGCUGCAACAUGUCAGCGCCGUGCUACCGGGCGGUGCGGCGGACAGAGCCGGGAUCUCCAAGGGCGACCGCAUCCUCGAAGUGAAUGGCGUGAAUGUAGAGGGAGCCACACACAAACAGGUGGUGGAUCUCAUCCGAGCUGGAGAAAGGGAGCUAGUCCUCGCCGUCCUCUCCGUGCCCCAGCCAGAGACGGACAGCCUGGACCCGGGAGACGAUGGCUCAUCCCAGUCCUGCUACGACUACAGCGACAAGCAGGCCGUGCCCAUCUCUGUGCCCACCUAUAAACACGUGGAGCAGAACGGCGAGAGGUUUGUGGUCUAUAAUGUGUAUAUGGCUGGCAGACAGCUCUGCUCCAAGCGCUACAGGGAGUUUGCCAUUCUGCAUCAAAACCUUAAGAAGGAGUUUGCCACUUUUACGUUUCCCAAGCUGCCUGGGAAGUGGCCCUUCUCUUUGUCUGAGCAACAGCUGGACGCCCGAAGGAGGGGACUGGAGGAAUACCUAGAAAGAGUGUGUUCUGUGCGAGUGAUUGGUGAGAGUGAUAUAAUGCAGGAAUUCUUGUCUGAAUCAGAUGAGAACUAUAAUGGAGUCUCCGAUGUAGAGUUGAGGAUAGCCAUGCCGGAUAAAACCACAGUAACUGUCAGAGUUCGAAAGAACUGCACUACAGACCAGGUGUACCAGGCUGUGGUGAUGAAGGUUGGAAUGGACAGUAUUACCGCCAGUUAUUUUGCUCUCUUUGAAGUCAUUAACCACUCAUUUGUGCGGAAAUUGGCUCCGAACGAGUUCCCUCAUAAGCUGUACGUGCAGAACUACACAUCGGCCGUUCCCGGUACCUGCCUCACUCUGCGCAAGUGGCUCUUCACCACUGAGGAGGAGAUCCUGCUGAACGACAACGAGCUCGCCAUCAACUACUGCUUUCACCAGGCACUGGAUGAUGUGAAGAGGGGGUUUAUUAAAGCAGAAGAGAAAUCAUACCAGCUGCAGAAACUGGCUGAACAGAGGAAGGUUUCCAUGUACCUAAGUAUGGUGAGGUCAUGUGAAGGCUACAAUGAGAUCAUCUUUCCUCACUGUGCUUGUGACUCACGCCGCAAAGGCCACGUUAUCACAGCCAUUAGCAUCCGGCACUUCAAACUGCACGCCUGCACUGAAGAGGGCACUCUAGAGAAUCAGGUGAUAGCGUUCGAGUGGGGCGAAAUGCAGAGGUGGGACACUGACGAGGAGGGAAUGGCUUUCUGCUUCGAGUACUCGCGAGGCGAGAAGAAGCCGCGCUGGGUCAAAAUCUUCACUCCAUAUUUUAACUACAUGCACGAGUGCUUCGAGCGGGUCUUCUGUGAGCUCAAAUGGCGGAAAGAGGUUGAAGAGGAAGCGACGGAUAAAGACAAUAAGAACUGUAGUAAAGAUGAAUAUCUUCCAGCUGUUGAGGCACAGAAGGGAUGGAGGCACCUGAGACAGGAGAUUGUCACCCCCUGAACACAAGAUUUUACAUAUACACACACACACACACACACACACACACACACACACACACACACACACAAAUCAGUGCAGACUAAAAACAGGAACAUAAUGGGUCCCAGUCAACGCAGUCUGUCCACUCACACACACUCACACACACUCACACACACUCAGUGGACAUCCAGAAUUAAAGAACUGUCUUCAGACUCACAAAACAAUAGAAAUAAGCAGACUAAAAAUGAGAAUCAAGACUUUUUUCCACGCUUCAUCCCAUCAAAUCGUCAUUGGGAUUCAGCUCAUUUCAGUCUUUCUGUUGGAGGACAUUUUUGAGGUGACCGUUUGCUUGGGAAGAAGGAACUGACAAGGCUUUUCGCUAACACUCCAGAAAUGGGUAAUUAAAGUCUGGAAAAUCCGCGUUAGGACUGAACAUGACCAGCAAGUAUUCUGAUAUGCAAAUACAGGCCAUGCAACACUGGCUCACCAGGAAGAUCGGUCACAUGUAGGGUCGCUGGCAACUACAGUUGGAGUAUUCAUAGACUCUUGUUUUAAGGCAUGUUUCCAUUUCUUUUACUGUUGUCUAAUGACUGUUUGGCUAUAAGUAAUUACAGUAAGAAAGAAAAAAAAACAACAAAUCAUGUUUUUUCUAAAGGCGUUUAGUGUACGGAUGGAACCAGUAGAUGGUGUCAUUUCUUAAUACAUUUCAGAAAAGGUUUGAGGGUAUACACAUAGCUGACUGUUUCUGUCUGACUAAAGAUAAAGUUUGCAUUUUUUAUUUUGUUUUACGUGUAUAUAUAUUAUAAAUUGAGCUGGCCUUUUAAUAAAUAAAUAAAAGCGGCAGUACCUACCUUCUAUUAGAUCGAGAGGUUAGUUCUUGCAGGCAGCUCACAUAAGAAUAUUUUGUAAUGAUGAUUGGGCCGUGCACUACUCCACUCCCCCCCCACCCCCACGCAAUAACACACACGCACAAUUGCAAUGGAUAUAAACUGGGACAUGUUCUAGUAUUGAAAUGACCGACUAUCAACUGGUAUCUUAUCAAAAAAAAAGUUACAUAUUGCAGCUUUAAUAUUUCAUGGCUGCAUAUGGUAUAUUUUAUUUGUUAUAUUUUAUUAUAUAUUUUAUUGUGUGUGUGUGUGUGUGUGUGUGUGUGUGUGUGUGUGUGUGUGUGUGUGUGUGUGUGUAACCUUGAGGCUGAUGUUCAGUAGUCUCUGUUUUGUUUCUGUGUCAUUUAUUCGUUCCUUUUAAACACCAUACAUCCCAUGAAGUCUGAGAUUAUUUGUACAUGUCGGACAAAGAUGCCCAAACCAUUCAUGAAACAUCUGUGUCCGUAGAGACGCAUAGCAGACUGUUUCUGUUGCAUGUCAGUUUAUUAAGAGGAGUAGAAUAUGUUUUUUGGGGUUUUUUAAAAAUUUUUAUUAAAAAAAGGUAAACCAUGCAGGUCUAAAUAAGUAUUAUGAUUUGUGACUCUGUUGCUUCUUCUCAUUACUGCCAUUUGUUUGUUUGUUUGUUUGUUUGGGGGUCAGUUCUUAAAGUCAAUCUCCUUUAGCGCAGGCGCAUAAAAGUUGUUUUGCACUUGUAUUAUCCAUGUGGUUGUGUGAUAAUGAGUGACCUGACAUUUCAGUACUACGUUUUUUGGUUUUGUGUGUGUGGUUUUUUUUGUCCCCCCCCCCUCCCCGUUUCGUUUUGAGGUAUUGAUUGUGCUUCUUAACCUGGUGAAUUAUAUUUUUCCCUUUGUAAAUGUUGAAUUUUGCUGUAUGUUCGCCAUGUUUGUCUCCUAACGACUUUUAUUUAAAUGUCAUACUUUACAGAUGCAGUGUCUACAUUUAAGCAGUCCUUCCAGGAUUUCUCCGCCAUUUUUCAGAAUUACCGCCGAUUUUCCGCAGAUUUGGGCCAAGACGCGUCAUGUGACAUCAUCACAACGCGCAUUCAGUCAAAGCCCUCUUCUAUUCACGUGCAUCGAACAAGAGUAUGGCUGAAAGGUCUCAUUUACCAACAAACGUCACUGCGAAAGACCGUGCAAAACAAUUUCAUGCUAUUGCAGUUUCACCAAUUCAAGUAGUUUUCCGCAACAAAAGCACAGAAAACUCCACAAGUUGCAUCUCGAAUUUUGAAAAAAGUCGCAGCAAAAUCAAGCAUUUUUGGUCGCAACAAUCACAAAAAAAAACUCAGAAAUCCUGUACGGACUGUUUUAAGGUAUUCAUCUUGGCUCCUAGAGAUCUAUCAUUAUCCAGAGUUUAGUUCUAAUUCCAGCUUAACCCUUCUGGUUUUUAUUCAUAUUCAUUAAUACUUAGAGGUGCGUGACAAAUGAAGCAUCAACAUAUGUCGUGGUUGGGUGUUGUGCCACCACGAGCUUCCAGAGCAGCUUAAUGCGUCUUGGCACAGAUUCUACAUACCGAUGAACACCAUUUUCCAAAAUACGUUCCAUGUUGCUUUGAUAUCUCCCAUAUUGAAUUGGUCUGUCGACUGCAGAGGCCAUUACAUCAUUUUCAUACUCCUCAAACCGUUCAGUGAGCUCCUGUGGAUGUGGGAGAAGUCAUCCUAAGACUCCCAUCAGGAUGGAAAUGUUUCAUUGUAGGAUCAAGACGUUCAGUCAGAAGACUUUUGCAUUUACUUGCAGUAAACUUUCUCUGUAAGGAAGCAACUGGAUACAAACCAUACCAGCAAAAUCUAUAAAUGGCCCUCAGCAUAACAGAACCACGGUUUCUCUUUUCAUAUGUCACCCAUCUGUAAACUGUUCAACAUCAUAAGCUCUGCUUUGCUCUGAAUAAGAGGUCUGCCAGAAGUUUGGAUUUCAUUGGUAGACAAAUACAUCAUCUAGGAGUAGGGAAAACAUUAGAUAAUAGCGGGCAGUGGGUCUCUGGGACUAGGGUCGAGAACCACUGACAUAAUCCCUUGUCUGACUGCGUUAUUACAGACGCCCCUUCA